AGAUUUAUACUAUAGACCAAAAGCCACAACCAGAAAUAGAACUCCUAACAAUAGAACAAGAACAAUUAUUUAAACAAUUAUUAUCAGAAUUUGUAGAUUUUUUUGCAAAUGAAAAGAAUGAACUAG